AAGUGUGUUCGCUUUCUUCGUCAGAUUUAGAAGUAAACAUGUCUCGAUUUUUAUUAGUCAGCGUUUUCCUCAUUGCUGCCGUAGUUUUGCAAGUUACAGCAGAACCUUCGUGUAAAAAUGUUCAUUGCCCAGCACAUCAGCAAUGCUAUCUAUGUAAACCGUGUCCUAGAACAUGCGAAAAUCCUAACCCAGUGUGUACAAUGGAAUGCAAACUAGGUCCAGUAUGCUAUUGUAUGCCAGGUUAUGUCACUCAUAAUCAAAAAUGCAUUCCCGAGAGUCAAUGCCCAUAAGAUUUAAUGAUACACUUAUUAUUAAUCUAAUUAAUAAUUCAUGGCAAUAGG